GGUGGAUUUGACCCAACGUUGGGUCAAAGAUUGUGACCCAACACGAUGGGUUAAAUGAAAGCGAGGCUCGUUCUUCCGCCGUUUCUGGACAAAAGGCGCCAGGACGUCAACGACCAUAGCUCCGAUGGAUGAUUUUGUGAAGGAGAAACUUCUUGAAUGGAACCUGGCUGAGCUGCUCCCUGCUUUUGAAGCUGAGCAGAUUGAUAGAGAGUGCUUCUAUCUCUUGGACGGAAACAGCUUGACCUCCCUGAUACCUCUCCUUGGGCCACGGCUAAAAUUUCAACGCCAGCUCAAAAAGUUGCUAGAGGACGCAUGGUUCACCCCAGGGAGAAGGCAUAAACCCGCAACAGGCUUUUUGGAAGAGCGUCUCCGUAACGUCCGAAAAAGGCUCCACUCUGGCAGACAUGUAAAUUUAACAUCACAAGUGCCACAAGACACCCGAGUCAUUUUACCAGAACCAACUGUAACUCCAGAGCGGGCCAUCCAGUUGACGGAGUGGCUGAAAAAUAACAUCUGGCCACAGUCCCAGGUUGGUCAACACAUGCUGGAGACUGCCAUCCAUAGGGCACAGUGGAUCCGAGCAAAUGGGACUACAUCAAUGCUAGACAUUAUCACAGAGUUUCCACGCUUAGUGGACACUCCAGGCAUGAUUUCUCAGGAUUUCUCAGUAUUACAUCCGGAGUCCUCUGGGAGAUUAACUGAGAACUGGAAUCCUGUGUUCUCAACAAAGAUCAUUUGCAUGGCCAGGAAAGAGAAGACAGCUGACCUUCUCACCAACAUUGAUUUGCUCUCAGGAGACAAACAAGGCGAUAUAGCCUUGCAGCUGCUGACGGUACUACUCCCAACUGCACCUUACAGACUGGGGAGGAGAGUUUUCCGUCCUAGCAGCCUGGAGAUGCGCAGGGCCUUCAUUGAUGUCAAGCCUAUUGCGACCAACAUGGCAGAGUACUUGAUGAGCUCCACCACAGAGCACCCAUACGUUCUAAUGCUGGGGGAAGGACAUCAGUGUUCACAAGCUUUUGUCAUUAUAAAUGGGGCAGCCUUGGAGCAAUCAUCUCUUUUGGCUGCUGUGGAUGUCUGUUUUAAGGCAUUUUUUGUGUUCGAUGUCAGUUAUCCGAAACCUUGUGCUACAGUUUGGGAGUUCAUCCAGACUACGGUCUUUCAAAUACCAGGACAUGAAUCAAACGCUGUCAAAUUAAUGAGAGCUCAGAUUGCUACAAUGUAGUUUUUAAUGGCACACAGUUGCGUUAAAGGUCCCAUGACAUGCUGCUUUUU